AAUUCUUCUUCCAAAAGAAACCUAUGAGCUCUGCAGCAACUUGUAUUGAAACCGGCCAACACAACAGCGGACGCUUUAUUUUAUGCAACGAUCAACAUUGCUCCAAAAAGUUUAAAUACACCGACUGGGUGAUUCACACCAAAAUUGAUGGUCCCCACCCUCGCGAUCACUUUGCCUCUGAACGAACCUUCCUGUCAUGGUUGCGGACUGGAAUGACGCUUGUUCUCAUUGGGUUUAUGACACUGUUGGAUGUUCGGCAGCUACUUGCACCUUCAAAGGGGCUUCCAUGGUCACACGAAGAUGUACCAUACAAGACGCGGAUUGUGGCGUUCGUGUUCAUUGGGCUUGGGCUGGCCAGUAUCCUGGUAUCGUUGGUGACUUAUUUUAAGAACCAGUAUCGGAUCGUCAACCAGCUGUUGGAUGUCGGCCACGGUUGGGCAGGAUAUUCCAUGGCGUUAAUGAUCAUGUUGUUUGUUUGCUUCGUGAUGGUUGUUGCAAUUACGGAGAGCUAAUACGUAACAACGCCCUAAUUGUUCUCUUUGUAUAUAUAACUUUGUACCUUAUUCUCUGUAUGUUAUUCCUUACAAAGUGUUUUAGAUAUCAAAUAAAAGAAUGCUAGUAUACCCCUGAUGCGUGUUGUCUGUG